AUGUCGACAAUUGACAUUGAAGAAGGCACCAAAAGCCCCGCCAAUAAUCCUGAUGUCAAAGAUGUGAACGUUUCGCAAACACUAGAUGCAGAAGACAAGCCUGAAGAAGGCUCAAUUGUUGCACCGGAUCAAUUCGAUGCGCGGUAUGAGACCAGCAGGAAAGAGAUUUGGUCUUAUUAUGCGUAUUACAUUGGAAAUAAUGGAUUGACGUUAUUCAACUUCGCACCAACAGCCUUCCAAAACCUCCUCUCCCAAGCCGCCGACUCCAACUCUCAGCUUUUUUUUGCCGGUAAACUGCGCUCCAUUAACAGCAUCGUCCUACUCUGCAACGGCAUUUCCUUUGCCAUCCAAAUUGUCGUAUUUUUAGUAAUCGGCAGCUUCGCUGACUUCGGCACCUGGCGACCUAACAUCCUAAUCGGACUAUCGCUCGUAGCCUGGGCCAUCGGAUUCGGAUGGUUGGGUGUCCACGAGGCCGGACAAUGGGAGGCAGCAACGGGGCUCUACAUCGUUGGACUGAUUGCGUAUCAAACGACCCUAACUUUCUGGACAGCUGCAUUUCCCGGUCUCGCACGUAAUACAGCAGAAAUGAAACGCGCUGCUGAUGAAUUGGUCUCUGGCGGUAUAACGCGCGACGAAUACGAUUUCGCAGAUACCAUGAAACGUAGCCAACUCUCCAACAUCGCCUUUUAUGUCCAGUCUAUCGGCGAGAUUUUUAUUUUGGCAAUCAUUGUGGGGAUUAUGUUUGGUCUCGACGUAAACGCGAGUGAGGCAAACAAUAAUUGGGGGUUGAGUGUAUUGAUCGCGUUUGCGUCGGGGGUGUGGCUCCUGUUGGCGAUUCCGUGGUUUGUGUACGAGAAGAGGAGACCGGGGCAAGACCCGGCACCACGGAACAUUUUUAUGGCGGGAUUGUGGCAGUUGUAUCAUGCCGGAAGGCAGAUUUUGAGGUUGAGGCAGAGUUUGAUUUAUCUCAUUGGAUACUUCCUCCUCGGUGACUCGCUGAAUACAACCGUCACCGUCAUCGGCACCCUCCAGAACAGCAUCGUAGCCUACAACACCCUGCAACUAACCUACCUCCUCAUCGUCGGUAUCGCCGCUCAGGCCGCCGGCAUCUACGCCUUCUGGUUCAUCCAACGCCACCUACACCUCUCCACAAAAACCAUGUUCAACAUCAUCGCAAUCGGCAUAAUCCUGCUCGACGGCUGGGGCAUGAUCGGAAUUUGGACCACCCGUUUCGGCUUCCACAACGAAUGGGAAGUAUGGCUCUACCAAGCCUAUUAUGGGCUGUUUGUCUGCCCCUGGUACUCGUACAGUCAAAUCAUGAUCUCCGAAGUGACUCCGCGCGGCAAAGAAUUUCUUUUCUUCUCGCUGUUUAGUAUUAUUGGAAAGACCAGCAGUUUCAUUGGGCCGAUUGUGUCGAGCGCGAUUAUUGAUGCGACUCCCAGCGGGAAUGAGUCGACGCCGUUCUAUUUUCUGUUUGCAUUGAGUGUGGUUAGUUUUGGGGUGUUAGCCGUGUUUGUGGAUUUGAAGAAGAGUCGGAAGGAGCAGGAGGACUUUUUGAUUGAUGAGGAGAGGAGGAGGGGUGCUUCUAUUCCUCCUGUUGUUUAG